GCCAAUCAGAUGCCAAGCGUGCCAAGUCUGGCCAAUUCAUUAGGGCAAUGGCGACGUUCAGAGUUGUGCGAGCUGCAUGCUUACGACUUGAGAACCGACGAUGCGGUUUUCUGAGUUCAGCUCGAAAGUGCUCCCACUAUACAAUUCCUGACGUAAUGUAUGGUCUGACGGAAGAUCAACAAGGGCUACGACAAGCAGCCUUCAGCUUUGCACAGAAAGAGCUGGCGCCACACGCGCAGGAGAUUGAUAAAGCCAAUCACUUCCCUGGAUUCCGAGACUUUUGGAAGAAACUAGGUGACAUGGGGUUCAUGGGGGUCACAGUACCAGGGGAAUACGGAGGUCUGGGAGCCGGAUAUCUUGAGCACUGCAUCAUUCAAGAAGAACUUAGCCGUGCCUGUGGAUCCAUCGCUCUCAGCUACGGAGCACAUUCGAACCUUUGCAUAAACCAAAUUUAUCGAAAUGGGACCGAGGAACAGAGGCGGAAGUAUCUUCCUAAACUUAUAAGUGGAGAGCAUGUUGGAGCUUUAGCGAUGAGUGAAACUGGAUCGGGAUCUGAUGUUGCAUCUAUGAAACUCACGGCAAAGAGAGAAGGGGACCAUUUUAUAUUGAAUGGCACAAAGUUUUGGAUUACAAAUGGCCCUCUUGCUGAUGUGCUGUUUGUAUAUGCUCGUACAAACCCUAAUGCAGACAAGCCGCAACACGGAAUUACCGCUUUUAUUAUUGAAAAGGGCACUCCAGGCUUUAGUAUCGGUCAGCAGCUGGACAAACUUGGAAUGCGGGGAUCCCCCACGGCAGAACUAAUUUUUGAGGACUGCAGAAUUCCAGCGGAGAACAUGGUUGGCGACCUAAACAAAGGCAUGUAUGUUCUGAUGAGUGGUCUGGAUUAUGAGAGGCUUGUCUUGGCAGCUGGUCCAGUUGGGAUAAUGCAGUCCUGCUGCGACACAACCUUUGACUAUGUGCAUCAACGAAAACAGUUUGGCCAACCCAUUGGUACUUUUCAGCUGAUGCAAGGCAAGAUAGCAGAUAUGUACACAACACUCAGCGCUUGCAGAUCAUAUUUGUAUAAUACUGCCAGAGCUGUUGAUCAAGGCCACAUUUUGUCAAAGGAUUGUGCUGGUGUGAUUCUAUACUGUGCAGAGAGGGCCACGCAGAUGGCACUUGAUGCUAUUCAAUGCCUUGGUGGAAAUGGAUACAUCAACGACUAUCCAACAGGUCGUUAUUUACGAGAUGCCAAGCUAUAUGAAAUUGGUGCAGGUACCAGUGAAAUACGACGGCUUAUAAUUGGCAGAACACUGAACCAUGAGUACAAAUGAGAACUAAAUAGUGAUCUACGUAGUGAUGGUUAACAUCCUGCAGAAUUUGUAAGUUAUCUUAUAUGGCACCUUAUUUUCGUACCUGAGUUGGUGGGCAAGCAGUGCAUUGUUAUUUGUUGUAUGAGGCAACUUUGGAAUAUAAGUGAAGUUACAGAAAAAUUGUUGGUGGUGUUUGUACAGUUUUGUGGAGCACUGCAAAGUAAAGAUGAUUUCAUUCCUA